UCCUCCUCCUCUUCCUCCUCCUCUUUCUCCUCUUCCUCUUCCCUCUCUCCCUCCUCCUCUCUCUCCCCCUCCGCUUGACCUGGCCACUGUCGGUGUCGAUCGCGAGGGAGAGGAAGUGAGUGUCGAUUUUGCGUCGAUGGAGAGCAAUGCAACAUGUCGCCAGAUGGAUUUUCAUGCCAGUUACGGAGCCUUCAGUCACAUUAACGCAACGGAGGCGCGCUGUUCCUAUAUACUCGCACUGACGAACCUUCCAUCAAAACCCAACAUGCAAAACACCUGGAGAUGCGGUGACCUGAAGAAAACAGCUGAUCGAAAGUGCCUGGCGUAUGCUUUCGGGAUCAGCCAUGACAAAACGCUCGUGGAUGAGAUAGAUAGAGUGAUGGGGUGUAAGGUCUUCUCCUCCAACACAGUCCUGCCCAUUGAUGGUGAUGACGUGGAUCUCUACAACAUCGGCUUCUCCGACACAAGAAGUAGCAACGCGAAGACCGAUCCGUACCUGAAAAUUUUCUACAAAUUGGGCCAAGCCGACGUCAUAUCAGGUUUACAGAAAAUGGCGGAACUAAAGGAAGGACCCGCCGAGAAUAAACAGAAUCAGAUAGUGGUGGUAGAGCUUCUCGAAUGUCUCCUCCUGCAACCAAUGGCCAAGGUGGAAGCGAAUUCCCAACCGAAAAUUGUUAUUAUUAGCUGGAUGAACAAGUUGAUUUGA